CUAACUAUGGGCCUCGCUAUUUUUUUAGGCGGAGCCCGCGUGUCUCGUUCGCUAAUGGUUGCCAGUGUGUUUCGCGAUUUCGUGCUCUGAAUGGUGUUAUUUUGCAGUAAUUUAUAGGUUCAAACGCACCAGUUUUUAGUGCAACAAAUAUUAAUAUUCAUAAGGUCUUGUUCUUUGCUCUGACGGUUGAUUGUGGCGGGCAGCUGCAAGGACAAAUGUCUGCAAAGAGUUUUCGCGUUAGCGACGGAGACUGGGUUUGUUCCGAUAAGAAGUGUGGAAAUGUCAACUUUGCUAGAAGAACCAGUUGUAACAGAUGUGGUAGGGAUAAAACAACUGAAGCAAAGAUGAUGAAAGCAGGGGGAACAGAGAUUGGAAAGACCCUGGCUGAGAAGAGCAGAGGUCUCUUCAGUGCAAAUGACUGGCAGUGCAAAACAUGUGGCAAUGUAAACUGGGCCAGAAGAUCAGAGUGCAACAUGUGUAACACCCCUAAAUAUGCCAAACUGGAGGAAAGAACUGGAUAUGGUGGAGGGUUUAAUGAGAGGGAGAACUUGGUGUACAUUGAGCGAGAGGAGUCUGAUGGAGAGUACGAUGAGUUUGGGCGCAUUAAGAAGAAGUAUCGUGGGAAAAGCAAAAAUGAGAAUGAAAAGAAAGAGGAACCUAAGAAGGAUGAUAAUAAUGAUGAUAAUAAUAAUAAUGAUGAUGAUGAUGAUGACGAAGAUGAUGAAGAAGAUGGAGAUCUUUCAAAAUACAAACUUGAUGAUGAUGACGACGAUGAUGAUGAUGAUGACGAUGAAGCAGAUUUGUCCAAGUACGAUUUGGAUGACAAUGAUGAAAAGAAAGAGAGUCAGUCCGGCUCUUCGCACUCAUCCUCUCGCUCGUCCAGUUCAAGCUCCCGGUCUAGGUCCAGAUCCCAGUCCAGGAGCUCAUCUAGUUCCAGAUCUCGCUCCAGGUCCAACUCCAGAUCCAGCUCCAGAUCUGGCAAGGGCUCUACUUCCUCAAAGAAGAGGUCCCGUUCCCCAUCAUCAUCGCCUGAGAAAGGCCAGAAAAGGAGUCGCUCCAGGUCGUCCUCUGGUGACUGCAAAAAAAGACGUGCUCUAUCACAAUCGUCUGAAAGGUUUGGGUUUCUGUGGUGUACAAAAAAGGGGUACUGGAUACUAGGCGUCCUUCUGCAUUAUAAACUGGGCUCCCAGAAACUGAUAAAACAGAACAUGUCUUAAAAACCAACAAGCCAGAUUAUUUCCAAAAAUGUACGGUCAAUUUUUUUCACCUGUUUUACAAGAUCUUGAACCAAAUCAAUUAAUUGGUCAUGGUCUUUCUCUUUGUCUCUUUCUUUCUGUCUCUUUGUAGGUGCAGAGGCUCAUCUGGAUCUUCCCACUCUGGCUCAAGCUCAAAACAGAAAUGAUUAACAAAAGAAACCUCUUUCUUAAACUGCAUGUUGUUUUUCCAACUCCAGUUCUUUUGUGCUAUAUCAACUUCGCAACUGUUUGAAUUCCCAUUAAUGAUUUCCAUCAAAUCACUUAAACAUAUGUGUCUAUAUAUAUAUAUAUAUAUAUAUAA